AUGGCUACCACCACUGCUACAAAUCCAGGAUUUGCUUUUGUCGUCAACUCUCUGUUGAAGAGUAAUAAAAAUGCAAAAGUACUCUCGAAAGCGAAAAAAGAAGCAGACACCAAAAUCGGAGAGAAUUCAUCAAAAGAUGUUCCCCUUGAAGUGGUGGGAGAUGAUGGACAGGUAAUACAGACGUCUACUAACGAGGCAGUUGUAAAAGAACCGACCAAGAAAGUGAAAAAUGUAAAACUUUCAAAAAUAACCAAACACCAACUUGAGUCAAUUGGACGGACAAAACCUAAAGUGGAAGAUCGUGAAAGAGAACGCCGUCUGAGCGCUAUCGCUACCAAAGGCGUUGUUCAACUGUUCAAUGUUGUUAAAGAACAGCAGAAGAAUAUCAAAAAUAAGCUUGAAGAGGUCGGUACUUCGACAAAUAAAAGAGCAAAGGUUCUGGAGCAGUUUGACGAAGAAGGUCUACUGAAGAAGGUGAAUGAAAAGGGAAAUAAGGUAAUAUUGAGCGACGAUUUUAUGUCCGGAUCAAAGUUCAAAGACUGGGACAAAGAAAGUGAAGACGAUUCUGACUAA